AAUUCCUGUCCCUGUGCUGUUUUUCAGAUAAAGCCAAGUACGCACAUUUGUUAGAAGAGUCAACAGAUCAAUACCUUUUACGCAACGAAUAGGUGCUGGGGCCGUACAAAUACGGGCAGGACAUCACAGUUGGUCAUCGUCGAGCAGACUGAAAGAUUGCAAGCAUCCAAAAAAGAGUAGUUUUAUGGUUUCACAGAGACAAGCCAGUUAGUAGGAAUUGCGGAAAACAGUAAAUCUAAAGUCAGCAACUCGUUUUACAUAGAUCAUAGAAGACAGAUUCUCCAAGUGCAGCAGACCUUAAUAUUCUGCAAAAUGCAAGCGGUUAGUCAGUGUUCAGUGUGUGCCAGUCGUGCUGCCGGAGGACUACUGCGAAACCAGACAGACCUGUCGCUGCUGCGAAGCAACACGGCCGGGCUGAGGAGAGGAGCAGCCUGUAUGCGUUUCAUAAGCAUGAAGCCCGGUGUUCAGAAGUUGGGGGAACGGAUAGAUUCCGAGCACAUCAGCGUAGCGCCUUCGAGUGCUGGCCGCGGGCUUCACGCUACCCCUUUUGCACAGCAACUGGAAAACCUCUCUCAUGACUCUCUGAUCAGAAGAGCUGCCUCAGUGGUGACAGACAGUUCAAGUACUUUGCUCUCCCAGACCUCCCUGGCUCUAAUAAAUGCCCUGGCAGACUACUCAACGGCUGUGCACACGCGCAUUGCUGUCCAAAGACGGUAUUUAGCCGCACUUGGAAAACUGACCCCAGCAGAGAAGGAUUCGUUCUUGGAGGUGAUCAAUGGUCAGCGUGCAAAGGCCAGUGACAGACUACAUGAAUGCAAACGCAUCGAGGUAACCUGGAUCAAUGCUGUCGACUUGUGUAAAAUGGCAGCCGAGGCAGCGCACUCCUCUGGUGCCGAGCAGGCGUCCAUCACAGUGGAGACAAACAUCCAGGUGGCCCAGUCACAGGUGGGGGAAGCUCGGAAACUGUCAGCGGAUGCAGAAAAGAAGUUGGCAGAGACUAAAGUGGAAGAGAUCCAAAGGAUGGCAGAAUACACUGCCUUUAUAGAGAACGGCGAGGAGCAUGAGGUGCAUGAGGCGUAUCUACGAGAGGACUAAGAAUAAAAGACAGGCAUAUUGAAAAACAGCUAAAAAGUGCAUGUUUAUUUUCCUGAUUCUCUUCUUUUUGCAUUAAUUACAUUGAGUAAUGUUGUAUUAAUCCUUAUUUAAGACUAUUUAUUUGAUUAAUGAAUACCAGCUAUGAGCCAUGAUUGAGUAAUGAUAAUAGACUCUACAUAAUAAAUAAUGUAAUGUAAAUAAUGUAUAGUGCAGGGCUUAUCCAACAGCUUGUUCAUUUUUUGUUUUGUUGUAACAAAGACAUAUUUUUAUAAAGCUAUUGUUUGCAUCAUUGUUUUUUUCUCUGAUCAUGUAAUAGCAAAAAAAUAAAAUUAUUUUUGAGUGAG